ACAAGACUGAAGCAGUCCUCCGUGAUGAGUUGAUUCGCCCCGGGUCUUGAUGAGUCUACAAAGCGCUGCUUAUCUUCACAUCCUCCCCUAGGGCCACCAUUGUACAGCAUGCAGCGCCUGCUAUUCUGAUGUUAAGAAAUCAGUUAGGCCUCUGACCCAGCGCAAUGGAUUUUAUAAAAUUUUAUGUAGCUAUUCUAUGAUCAACGGCCUGCCUAAACUCUGGAGCAACAAGCAAGAGUGCAAAAGCUGAGAGGACUCUGCUAAUCGUGCAUCGAAAUAAUGGCCGGUAGUCACUUCUUCCGACCCGGAGCCAACGCAUGGGUGCUCCUUGCUUCAAUUGUCUGUUGCGCCCUUCUCGUUUCGGCCGAGCUGGCAGAUGACUCGCCAACGAAAGCAGCUAUUGCCGCAGCUCCAGCACCAUUGAUUGGAGCACCUGCACCAGCACCAGUAGCACCACCCCCGAAACCUCUCACGCUGCACGAGAAAGUUGUUGCUGCGUUGCGGGCGGCAGGCCACUAUGGCGCCAUUUCGGGACUUCUUGACAGCCUCGGUGAGGCCAGCAGUAUUAUCAAGGAAGGAGUUACCCUAUUUGCUCCUGAUGAUGGAGCCUUCAGCGGCCUCAACUUGAACUCAUCCAAACUCUUGAUGACCACAUUAGACUAUCACGUUGCAACCUCAGUAUACAACUACAACCAGCUGUCGACACUCCCUCUAAAUUCCACCAUUAAAACUUCUGUACCAGAUGUGGUUAUCCUCAUCACCAGUACAGGCACCAGCGGACUGAGACUAGACAACGUAGCCAUCUCGGACCCGGAUCUCUAUGUCGAUAGCCAAAUAGCCGUUCAUGGAAUAAGUGCUGUGAUGGACACAGCUAAAUACAACAAGGGUGUUGUGCCACCUGAAGCAGCGCCGGCGCCACUGGCUACAAAUCCUUCACCAGCUCCAGGUCUUAUCACAACGCCUACAACGCCCAGGACGGCCAGUCCCGCUGGUACAGGAAACGGUGCUGCUCAUGUUUUGACAAAUAUUGUGAGCACUAUGCUGCUUGUUUCCGCAGUCUCAUUCUUAAUUGCUCUCUUGUAGAUUUACAGAAACUAGCACCUCUUUUGGUGUGUAUUUAUUUGGGGUUCUCUUAAUUGUCGGGACGCACAAGUUGUAUUCUCUGUUAGGUGUGGUUGUCAAUACCCCUGUCACGGGCAAUAAGCCUUGGAUGGCUUCAUAAUCCAAGUCUGGAGCUGAAGUCAAGUAUUGGAUCGAUCAAUGCGACAAUCUUCUGUUCCUGCAUUUUGAAAUUACAUCAACGUCUGUUUACCCAGUGA